CGCCUAUAGAUAUUUUAGAUAUACUACCAUACCCCGCAACAUCCACCCACAAAUACCCACCACAAUUGCCAUCCAUCGACAAAGCGAAGCGAAGCGCAGAUGGUGUACGGCGACUUUCACCGCGCGCUGGUGCAGGCGUUUCUUUCGCGCCGGGUCAUGACGGUCGAUGAGGCGAAGGCUGCCAUCGCCAUGAUUCAAGCCGUCGAGAGUGGACAGGAGGUGAGCCCGACAAGUAUCACAAGCAACAUGGUAAAAGGCGCGAUCGAGGAAAUCAAUCGGAAACUGUUGCAGUUCGAUUUCGAGGUUCGCAGUGGACGGGAUCAGACGGAUCGGAGUACCAUUUACGCAUUUGUGAACAACACCCCCGACCUGAUAAUCGAGGGCGCGACACAGCACACGCCCGACGAGAUUGCGUUUUUCCGCCGGCUGCUGGACGCCAUCUUCGAGACGAACAACACGCUGCACGCCGAGGUGCUGGCGAUCAGCCACCACGACGCGAUCCACCUCAACAAGAACUUAGCCGCGGAGGGCGGGGCUGGGGCCACGCAGGGCACUCCUGCCGGGAAAUCUACGCCGGCGAAGAGCGGGGGGCUCACGCUCAAGGGCGCGGAGGAAGCGCUGGCGACAUUCGUGGAGGACGGGUGGCUGGAUAAAUCCUCCAACAACUGGUACACGCUAGCGACGCGGGCUUUGAUCGAGCUAUCGGUGUACCUGACACAGACAUACGAGCACCAGCCUACAUCCGACAACGAGGCCGGCGCGGACGCGCCCCAGCACCGCCGCGCAAUCAAGAAGUGCGAAGCGUGCUCCGACAUCCUGACGAUCGGCCAGCGCUGCGACGACCUGCACUGCGAGGUCCGCAUGCAUAACCCGUGCGCUACGCAGUUCUUUACCCUCGGACGGAGCAAGAGCUGUCCGAAAUGUAAGAAACCGUGGUCCGGAAAGCAGAAAGUCGGUGAGGCCGCCGCGGGUCAGCUUAGGAAGAAGAUCCGUAUAGGCGCCCCCGCGAAGAGGACGGGUGACGCUGCUGGCCCGAGCUCGAGUAAGAGGAGGAAGGUUGCUGGUGCGAGGGCGAGGUCCGAGGAGAGUACGCCGGCGCCUCAUGACGACGAGGAGGAGGCUGAGGAAGCGGAGGAAGCGGAGGAGGAGGAGGAAGAGGCGGCAGAACAGCAGGAAGAUGACGACAAGUAGCUCGCGCUCCCUUCUCCACCCACAUCCAUCCCGCAUUCUAGAUUGUGUACGAGUUUCUUUUGGGGGUUUCUGGCGUUUCGGAAGCGGUGGCUUGCCUCGAUAUGAUCAGUGUAUGUACAAUAUACCAUAGUAUACUUUUUAAUUCUCCCCUGGCGUGGUGGUC